GGGGGAAGUGCUUCCGAGGCAGCGCGGCCCCGAGGUGACCGAGGCGGGGAUGGGGGCGCACCUGGUCCGGCGCUACCUGAUCGACGCGGAGGUGGAGCCGGACCCGCUCCACAUGCCGACCUUCGACGCGCAGCUGGGCUUCCCGGAGCGCAAGGAGCGGGUGAUGGUAGCGACGCAGCAGCAGAUGAAUGACGCUCAGCUGCCCCUGGAGCAGCGCGACUACUGCGCCCACCACCUCAUCAAGCUGAUGAAGUGCAGGCGCGACUGCUUCCCCAACUUCCUGGCCUGCCAGGAUGAACUCCACGACUGGGAAUACUGCGAGCAUCUUGACUACGUGAGGCGUAUGAAGGAGUUUGAGCGGGAGCGGCGCUUGCUGGUGAGGAAGAAGAGGCUGGAGCAGAAGGCGGCGGCUUGAGCAAAGCAAAGCCCUGCAUCCCCAUCCGCGUGAGGGGCUGGAGGAGUCCUGUCCUUGUGUUAUACGUAAGGGAAUAAAUAAUGGCUCGUCUG